AUAUUAAAAUACUAUUUUAAUAAUAUGUUUAAUAAUUCAUAUAUAAUUUCCAAAUCAAUAACAACAAUAUUUUUUAAAAUAAAAAAUCAAAAUAAUUUUCAUAAUUGUAAAUAAUCCUGAAAGAAGAAAAAAAUUAAGACGGAAUUAUAAUUUUCUCACUUAAUUUUAUAAAAAUUAGUUCACUUUAUGUAUGAUAAAGAAAAUAAUGAUGAUGCAUAAAGCAAAUAUGAAGUUAUGUCGUCUUUGUGGCAAAGAAAAACAGCAGGGUACGGAUUUGUUUAUAGACAAAGUUAAAGGGAUUGUAUUGAUGUCACUUAUAAAUAAAUAUUUCUCCAAAGAGAUGAUAAAUAUUUCAAAUUCUGAUGCAUUUUCUAAAUAUGUUUGUAUUGAUUGCGAGCAAAAAAUUUAUAUAUUCGAUGAAUUUUGUUUAAUGGUAGCUAAUGUACAAAAGCAACUUGCAGCUCCAUCUUUAGAAAUUGAUUUUGCAGAAGAUAUGUUACAUCAAUUAAAAGAAAAUGAUACAGUAUCAAAAAAUAUCUUAAAUAAACAAAUAAAAAAAAGUACAUGUUCAAUAUGUGCUAAAAGUUUCAGAUGUCAAUCACAUUUAAAUAGACAUAAACGCAUUCAUACUGGACAGAGACCUUUUGUUUGUAAUAUUUGUAAAAUGUCCUUUAAUCAACAAGAAAUAUUAAUGAAACAUAAAGAAAGACAUGAAGGAAAAAAACAAUUUCAAUGUGCUAAUUGUCAUCAAUCAUUUCGUUAUAAAGUUUCAUUGAAAUCUCAUAUGAUAAAUUUUCAUAUGGAUAUGGAACGGUCUAUUAAUAAUCAAAAUCUUCAAAUAGAUAAUAAUUCAUUUAUAUGUUCUGAAUGUGGAAAACAAUUUGUAACAAAAUAUAAAUUACAAAGACAUUCAAGAUGCCAUACUGGAGAGAAACCAUAUCAUUGUACUUUUUGUUUAAAAACAUUUUCACAAACAGGUAAUUUAAAAGUACAUCAGAUAAAAUAUCAUCAAAUACAUGAUUCUGUGACUGAAAUAAGGCGACAGACUCAAUAUAACAAUCAAAUAGUUGAUUGUGAUAUACCCACAACAUUAAAUAAUUUUCAUACAGUUAACAUGUCAGAGAUUGAAUUGCAAAAUACAAUAAAUGAGACUAUAAAUUCUACAGAGCAAAAUAAUUCAUAUGCGAAAAUAUACGAAAAUUCUUUAUAUAUUGAUGAUGAAAUAGAAACGAUUUUAGACCGUGAUCUUGGUCAAUUAGGACAAAAUAAAUAUUCUACAAAUGUACAAGAUAAAUUACCACUUUGUUUAAAACAACCAGAAACUCCUGAAUUAUUGCAUAGCUUAUUAUAUGAUGAUGGCUAAGUUGCAUUUAACUGUUAAUAAAGAAUCAUUUAUUUAAAAUAUAAAAAUUAUGUUCAAGAUCAAGAAUAUAAAGUUGUGCAUUCAUACUGUUGAUAAUUAUAUGAUUAUAUAUAUUUAUAUAUAAUUUUAAUAUAUAAUAAUUUUUAAUGUAUAAUGUAUAUUUAAUUUUUAUUAAUAACAUUAUAUAAUAUCUUUAGAAAAUAAUUUUAAAUGUAUAUUAAUAAUAACUUUAUAUUUGUAUAACUUUUUAAAAAAUAAUUAAAUAUAUAGUAUUUAAAUUUUUUUAUAAUGUUUAUAAAUAGUAAAUUAAAUUGUAAAUAUAA